GGAAUAUCUCGAGUCAAGACGAUUCGUACAUAGAGAUUUAGCUGCUAGGAACUGCAUGGUGUCUUCUUCGAAGGAGAUUAAGAUAGGGGACUUUGGCCUGUCCAGGGAUAUUUACUCAGACACAUACUAUAUGGAUGAAACUCUGUCUAGACCACUCCCCAUCAGGUGGAUGGCACCAGAGAGUCUUUUAUAUGGCAAAUAUAGCAGCAUGUCUGAUGUGUGGUCAUUUGGAGUGUUAAUGUGGGAAGUGCACACUAGAGGUGGAACGCCGUAUGCCGAUUUAGAAUCGCGCGAAAUCAAGUCCUACGUCAUCAAUGGUCGACGACUAGAGAAGCCGCCACUAACGCAUGAUGACGUGUAUGCUAUUAUGUGGUACUGUUGGGAAAACGACUCCCAUUUCCGACCAACUUUUAAAGAUUUGGUUGAAAUGAUUGGAGCCAUCUUAAACGAAGCUGCACUUCAGCCGUUUGCGAAAGCGCAAACAACACCAGGUAGCUCAAUACCUUUACAACAAUCGACGCAAUCUGCAAAUAAGGCCAAUAAGGGAACCAAGAGUUCAGGGUAGUCAAUAGUGAAAACAGCGAUUUAAUGAGUUUCACGAAGGAUGAGUAAAUGGGCCUGGUGACACAGAACGGGUGAAAUUAGCUAACUUCCAAAUAGAGAGGUGGAUCGACAUAGACAUCAACAUUUGACUGAUAUGCUUUAGUUUUCUUGUCCAAGACUGUACAUACAUCCUCAGCGGGAGAUUAAAUCUUAGAAUUUGAUCAAAGGGAUUGUAAUUUUCCUCGAUUCUCUUAUCUAUGUUACAAUGUGUAUAUUCGUUAUUGUGUCACCGGUAUGUGUUGAUAAACCAAAACUAUGUUUUUUGGAUAUCAGCAUUGAGAAAAAAGUUCAAUAUACCAUUCUACACUGUAUAUUUGUUACAUCCUUCAUAGCAGGGUUAGAAACUCAAACGGAUGUCAGUUUUGAUUAUAUGGUAAUGUUAAUAGGCAGCAAUGUUUUAAACAAUUCGUGGAUAGGGAGGGGGGAGUGACAAGGGGACACUCGGGAGGGGACAUUAUCAAAGUGGUUCA